UGGCGGAGCUGGAGGAGGCCGCCAGCUGCACUUGUCGUUUGUUUCAUUCCAGCAAGAGAGGGAGAGGUUGAACUUUUUCAGAAGUACAGACGAUCUUGGCACACGAGAGAGAGAGAGAGAGGGAGAGUAGGCACAGUAAAAGAGAAAGGGGCAGAGCUCUAAGAAAAGAAAAGAGAGAGCAGAGAGAGGCAGGAGAGCUGUUUGCCUAAACUCUGUUGGCUUUCCCAGUAUCCCAGUGCUGCUCAGUGAACCGUGUGCUGGACACUGUGUCUGCUGUGUUACUCUGGUUGCAUUGAACCUUCUGCUGACCACUGGAGAGUGGAGUGGGAGGAGGAAGAGAGUGCCGGACGCCUUGUUGGCGGGUUUGCCCGGCCGGGGUGAUUUUACUCGAUAGGUUCAGCAACCAUGCUGGAAAACGUAGGUGGAGCAGGAGUGGAUAUUAAAGUGAAUAAUCAGUCAGAAACUACUACUAAAUGUGCAAUGGAAAGUGAUGACGGGAACACCGGAAUCCAAAUCAAUGGAUUGGACUUUCAGAGGCAGAUGGUGCCAACCACAAGUGCAAUCACUAAUGCACAUGCACAAGCCCUCCUCCAACAGUCUAAGUCAGAAGACUCCGUCCAGCAGAGUGUAUUGCCUCAAACCCAGCUAAUGUUGGCCGGGGGACAGAUUGCUGGACUGACUCUGACCCCAGCGCAGCAGCAGCUGUUGCUGCAGCAGGCCCAGGCUCAGCUCCUGGCUGCAGCCGUGCAGCAUUCAGCCAGCCAGCAGAGCAGCACCACCGGGGCCAGCAUCUCAGCCUCGGCAGCCACGCCCAUCACCCAGCUACCCCUGUCCCAGCCCAUCCACAUCGCCCCUCAGCUCCAACAGCAGAAUCUAAGUCUGCCGCAGAUUGUUCUGGUUCAACCUGGCCAUCCAAUCGCCACGCCACUGUCCGCUCAGUUCAUCAUCUCACAGACAGCGCCGGCCCAGCAGGGCAUCUUGCAAGCCCAGAGUCUAAAUCAACUACCUCAAAGCCAAGCUAACCUCCUGCCGACUCAACCAAGCAUCACCCUCGCAACUCAGCCUGCAACUCCAACCCGCACAACAGCAACCACCCCGAUUCAGUCCCUGCCCCACAGUCAGACGCCACCCAAACGACUGGACACACCAACUCUGGAGGAGCCCAGUGAUCUGGAGGAGCUGGAGCAGUUUGCCAAGACUUUCAAACAGAGACGUAUCAAACUGGGAUUUACGCAGGGGGACGUUGGCUUGGCCAUGGGGAAGCUGUAUGGAAACGACUUCAGCCAAACUACCAUCUCUCGCUUUGAGGCCUUGAAUCUGAGCUUUAAGAACAUGUGCAAACUCAAGCCAUUGCUGGAGAAGUGGCUCAAUGAUGCAGUUUGUGCAGAGAACCUGACGUCUGACCAGGCCCUGUCGAGCCCCAGUGCCCUGGGCUCCCCGGGCAUGGGCAUGGAGGGCAUCAACCGCAGACGGAAGAAAAGGACCAGUAUUGAGACCAACAUUCGAGUGGCCUUAGAAAAGAGCUUUCUGGAGCAGAACCAAAAACCUACCUCUGAAGAGAUCACCAUGAUCGCUGACCAGCUCAACAUGGAGAAGGAGGUGAUUCGGGUCUGGUUCUGCAAUCGUCGACAGAAAGAGAAGAGGAUUAACCCCCCCAGCAGUGGCAGCACUGGAGGAGGCAGCACCCCCAUCAAAACCAUCUUCACCCCCAGCAGCCCUUUGGUGGCCAGCACAGCGAGCCUUGUGAGCAGUCCAACUAUUAACACACCCACCACUCUGACUGUAAACCCAGUGAUGCCUCUCACCAGCACCAGCGUCUCCAGUUUGUCUUUCACAGGCACGACAGGUGGCGCCACAAACACUGCAUCCGUCAUCUCCACUGCACCCGUGGUUACCACAGCAACCAGCUCUCCAUCUUUAAGUCCAUCCCCGACCACUAUUCAGUCCACAAGCACAGAGAGCAAGCCCGGCACUCUGGCACAAACUGUCGUCACCCAGGCUCCAUCAUCCAUAGCUACCACUCUAGGGACGGGCCAGGUGAUGGUGGCUGCUCCGGGUCUGUCUGCAGCGCUGCAGAACGCCACCCAGCUGCCCACCAGCGCCAGCUUUGCGGCUAUGGCUGCUGCUGCAGGACUCAACCCAGGGCUGAUGGCGUCCUCCCAGUUCACUCCGGGGGGUGCCCUCCUCAGUCUGGCUCCUGGUGCCCUCGGCAGUGCGCUGAGUCCUGCCCUCAUGAGCAACAGUACCCUGGCUACCAUUCAAGCUCUGGCAUCCAGCGGCACCAUCCCCAUCACUUCUCUGGACGGCGGGAACUUCCUGUUCGCCAACACCUCUGCUGGCAACACGCCCAACCUGGUGACCACGCCGCUCUUCCUGAACCCCCAGAACCUGUCGCUGCUCACCAGCAACCCGGUGAGCCUGGUGUCGGCCGGGGCGGGGGGGCUCCAGGUCACCACCGAUGCUCAUCAUCAAGCCACCACGGCUGCUGUGCCUGUGCAAGCCUCGACCAUUACUACUGCCUCCAAGGCCCAGUGAAGCCAGUCAGGCUGCAUCCUGAAUUCUAGCACCCUGUUUCUUACGUCGGGCACUACUCCUUAUCACACCAUGUAGGGAACUGGGUGGCUGUUUGAUGAAAGCUCUGUGCUUCACUAACCACCCCACUUUCUUCCCAUUGUAUCUACCAUUAUUUAAUCCUUCUGCUGCCACCAAAAACAAAACAACCUCACAAAAGGUUGCUCCUUCAGUUUUUUAUUAGUUUUUUUCCUGUCUUUUUUCUUUAUGAUUCUUGGAUGUUUUCUCACAAACAGUUGCCAGCUGGACGCUGUUGUUGGCCUGCCAGUCCUCAUGAACCUUGACAAGUGUCCAGGAGGAAAAUAUCCUCGGCACCCUCAAGCUGUUCACAUUUUGUACAUAUAGCCUUCUAUUUCCAGGUCAGAAUUUUCUCUGAAACACUUCUAACCAAAAACAAGAACUUUCGUCGUUAACAUUCAAACUUAACUGAUUUACUACUAAUUUCACACUGUUCAUCAUCACUAAUGGGGGUUUGUGUGUUGCCCUCCUUUUAAUUAUCUUUCGAGUUUAUAGGACAGGCUUUGACGUAAAUCAUAUCAAGAUAUUGUAGAGACUUUUUCUUCUUUUAUCUUUGCUGUCUAUAUUUUUUGACAUUUUCAGAACUUUUCAAGUCUAAUAUUAAGAUUUAACUAUCACUUUUUAAUCGUGGUUAUAAGGCUUUAAAAGCAAGUAAUAAGUGGCCGAUAUAAAGGUUAUCAUUGCUUUAAGGGUCAGAGGGACCAGGUGUGUCUCUCUGAGUCUCUCUUCUGGAAACACUGAGUUUUACAUUUUGCUGUGGUGACGACGUAGCUGCCGGGCUUCUGUAAAAUGACAGUCUAGAUGUGGAUUAUAGACACUGACAGAAAAUGACUGAAAACAUUACAUUGAGAGCUUUAAAGUGAGCUGCAGACAUGCAGUCCUGCAUCUGAUUAAGGGGUGUUUUGUUUUGGCUUGUGAUCCGUUGGAAAACUGUACAUUAUGUUUGGAUUUGGAGGUAGAAAGUAGAUGUCUGCAUGUGUUUUCAAGAUUCAGGCAGACGCUGAAAGCUCACAAGGCUCUGCAGUCUGUGUUUGGGAGGACUAGUCAUGGGCCGUGGUCACUGGCUAGCUGGGGUUAUUGUGUUGUGUUUUUUGUUUCUUUUUUAACAGUAGUACCGUCAUAUCUACUUGUGCACAGUAUCUGUACCAAAAAACUGGAUUGAUGAGCUGCAGUCUGCCUGUUUUGGGAGGAAUGAAAUUCUUUUGUCUGCAGCCGCUUGACUGGCUUACGUACUUUAAGAUAUACCAAAAAUAUUUGUUAAAAUAAUUGCUGUGUGUAGUCGGUGUAGCUUAGUCUAGUCAAUAUAUUUAUGAGUACAGAAUCUCUCUUCAUUGUCAACAGAAUAUAGAAAUGCAAUAUUAUGAUGAUCAUUUUCCAAAGAUUACAUGUUUUUUUUUAAUUUGACCAAGUGUCUCAUAGCUCAAUUUUCAAUUGGCAGCACAACUGACCAAAAAGGAGGUAUUAGUGGGUUGGAGCAUGAGAAAGUGCUUUGAUUUUCUCUUUAAUAUCAUUUUUUUUUACUGCUGGGGCAGCGCCCCUGAUUCUUAAUCUGGUUUUCUGUGAGCCAUUUGAUGGCUUGUUUUCUUUCUAACCUGUUUUGGUAGCAGUUCUGGACUUUUCUGAAGCAUUAUGGAAAGGGUCUGUUUUUUGGUUUUGUGCUAAUAUUCAGCCAUAAAACAACAGCUUGAACCAAAGUGGUUUUCCUCAACAGUUGCUGUGCCUGUCUGAGCACACAAGUUGCCGCGAUCUCUACUUUCCUCAAAUUAUUUUUAUCCUCUUCCACUUCGGUCAGUCCCCCCUUCUUUCCUGAUUUGGUGCUGCUGGAUAAGGAUCACAGAAACUUAGCUUUAACAACCUGCUGCUGAAGCUCCUGGUGGAGUUGAGCUGUCGAGGUCUGCAUGCUUUCUAAUAGCUUUAUGACUACAUCCUGUGAAAUUAGGCUCCUGUAGUUGGGAGUGUAAAUGAUGUGAUCGUCACUCUUCACCUCCUCUCAGCCACCAUUUUGAACCAGCAUGUUGGGAAACGAUAUGCCGCUCCCCAAAUCUGUCUGUGGACUAGUUUAAAACCUGCCAGAACUAUCUUAGGCAACACGUGGUGGGAUAAGUCCCGUUCUGUGCUCCACAUUGAGCUAACUCCACACAAAAGUAGCAUUGUUCUGCUUCAAAAUGACUAAAUGAAUUAACCCAGUGAUUAUUAAAUCAUUGAGACUGUAAGCAGUGAAAUUUGUCCAUGUUAUCCUCUCUGUACUUCUUUUCUGUUGAAUUAUUUUUGACUGAAUAUACCUCAGCAGCAACAACAUAAGGUUCACCUGUAGGCGUUUCUGUGUAUAGAGCAUUCAGAAUGUAGAAGUACCGUCUGGCUGAUGAACCGUACAUAGGAACCGUACAUUAAAGGACAACCUACUACUGCUAUUUUCUAGUACUACUAUUUAUGGGGUAUUUCCAGGUUUGAAUAUUAUUUUGAGAUCCUUCUUGCCAAAGUAAAAGCCUUUCUCUUUGCAGCUUGGUGGGCUUCUGGUUGCCUGAAGAACUCAGUCUGUUCCAGUUACUGAAGAGUUGAACGUUUGAUAGCGAAAUGAACCAGUAGCCGUUGGCACUAUAGGAUGUUACUGAAAUAUUUAUCUGAGGAAAGACUUAAGAAUUAGAGAAACGAUCUUUUCUUAAUUCUAUACAUAUAAAUAUAUAUAUAAACACUUGUAAGAUAUUCAUAUUUUAUAUUUGAACCAGUAUGUUAUCAAGACUGAAUGUAGUGAUUGUCAUCCUUACUCGAAAAGAAAUUCUCCCCUGAAUCUUUGGUUUUUUUGUUUUUUAACUUUCAAGACCAAAAAGUCCGAGAUAAACCCGAGAGCGACUCGCCGACUCCGUGUCUGUCGAGGCCUUUUCAGCGGGAAGAGCCCCUUCAGGCCAUCUGAUCUUAAUCCUUUCAUAGAUAUUUUAUUUUGUGGUGUUUUUGGUUGAGUCGUUGUGGACUUGAUUUGCUGUGCUGUCUUUAACAAUCAUUAGUUAGUUUUUUAUUAAAUUACUUUAUGCCUUUAAUUGUUUUGUAUAGUUUGAGAGGGCAAGAUCACUGGCUUUCUUAGUUUGAUAAAAAGAUUAACAUUAUCAUUUAUGCCUUAUUGUUACGUAGAAGACAUGAGCAUUGUAGCAUUGUUGUUCUGUGUGUGUGUGUGUGUGUGUGUGUGUGUGUGUGUUUGAGCUCACCUGGAGCAUUGUUUUCACUCAAACAGUAUAGUGUACUUUGGGCAUUUUGGAGCAUGGGAUGGUUCCGUUGCUACCGAUGCUUUUAGGUGUGGCUCAGACAGGUGGGAUACCUGUGAGGAAAGCUUUACUAAUAAUUCCAGCAGGUGUGUGUGUGUGUGUGUGUGUGUGUGUGUGUGUGUGUGUGUGUGUGUGUGUGUGUGUGUGUGUGUGUGUGUGUGUGUGUGUGUGUGUGUGUGUGUGUGUGUGUGUGUGUGUGUGUGUGUGUGUGCGUGUGUGUGUGCGUGUGUGUGUCUGUGUAUCUGAUAAUGAAAGAAUAGGGAGGGCAGUCUGCAGACCAUUAUGGUGCAUUUUCCCAUCUUCCAGCGGGUGUUGAGAGUGAUUUUUUUUCUUUUUAAGGGUGAGACAGGAGAGUGCUUAUUGUAGUUGUUGUCUGGACGGAGGUUCUCUACUGAUUUAACUACAGGCUUCAAGGAAGCCGUUGCCAAGCCAGCUUUUGGUUUGUUUUGGUAAAACUCCAGUUUGUGGUCGACCUAUGCUUUUCUGAACCGUCUACUUGACUCUAGCUGUUCAUGCUACAGUUCCAGUAGAUGCUCCAGUGGAUCAGCCGUGGGUAGAGUUCUGCUUUGUUGACCCGCCACACUGGUUUGCUGGAUUUUAAUGUGGACAAAGGAUGCGUGGAGCACCAGUAAGGCAAAAGGAGCUGUUUUAUACCUCAUUUCUAACUCAAGACUGAGUGAAACCUGCAUUAAUCUACUUAAGAAAUAAGAAAAAUGUUUUAAAAAAAUCAGAAAAAAUAUGAAAAUACACAAACUAGUGUCAGUGGAGAAGCCUGCUCAUACCUGUACUUAGAGAGGGGUUGUGGAAAAAGCUGCCAGCAGAGGGAGACAGAAUACAUCCCAGAAUGUCUGCUGUUUUCUUUCAGUUAUGGUGAUGAAUUUUUGGAUGGAACAGAGGUUAUUUGUUGCCCCCACAUGUCUGAACACUCGUUUAAGUUUGACAAUCUUUUUUUUUUCCUUUUAUUUGUGUGUUUUGCUCUGACCAGGUACAGGUAUGUGCGUGUCUUCCCACAUGACAGUGCGCUGUCGCAGCCCGCUCGCGUUUUCCUGUGGUACCAACAUUAACCAAAGACUUCUAACUUGAUUGUAUACGAGCGACACGCAGCUCUCGCCCAUCCCCGCCUCACUGCUCAGCAUCACACCCCGGCUGCACGCUCCCAGCCCAGCCGUCCUGGAAACACUUUGCUUUUUACUGCAUGUGAAUGUGCGUCUGGCCUGGAAACACUCGGGCGUCCUUUGGGUGCGGCGGUUCUAGUGCCUGUGGGCGGGGAUCGGAGGGAGUGGAGCAGGAGCUGAGCGGGCUUCUCCGACAGACACCAAACCCAUGUGGUGGUGGCUGGGUGGUGUUUGUUAAUACACACUGAGGGUUCAUCCUGUGCACACUGUACCUGCUCAGGACUCUGUAUGUUCGUCUGUCUGUCUCGAGCGCUGUUGCUAGGAUGUCCUCCCUUCUCCUCGUCCCUCUCCUCCACUGUUUCUCUCUCAAGGACUGUGGUUAAAAUGCUGUUCCUGCCUCUCUCAGUGUGUCUGUCUCCUCCUGGUCAUCCGUACACUGUAGUCCCAGGACAUAAACCCUGUUGUCUCCAGGAAUACAAAUCCUGCGGUUGUUAAAACUCACUGCUGUCCCCUUCUCCUCUCCUUGUCGUCCCUCCUCUGACAUCGUCUCUUCACUACAGACUCUGAUCAGCUGUGACACUAUGCAUCAUGGUCCUUCUCUCUGCAUGGACUGUGUCCCUCCGGCUCAGAGCUUCUGACCGACGGGCUUCAGUGACACUUUGUUUAAUGCUUUACUCCAAGUGAGGCUGUAAGGACCUCACAAGCGCUAUCCCAAAGCAAAAAUCCAAAUAUUUAACUUUUGACAAAUGCAGAUACCAAAGAUAUCUUUCUGUCCUGUGUGUCUCUAUGUUUUCUCUCCCUUCCACCCUGCAGCAUGUGUAUUAAGAGACAAACCCAGCACUGGCUUUAGUCCUAGCCUCAGUAAUUCCAAAGCUUAGAUGUAUAUUUUGGUAUAUUUCUGAGAAAAACUUGCGUGAAAAGCGUCUGUUUCUCGUUUGUUUGUUGUAAUCUCUUUUUCCUGUCACAGCAUGGAACUAAUUGCAGAACUGUCUUACUCUUGGUAGGUUAAAGAUAUAGUAUUUUUGUAUGUUUUUGGGUGUGUUACAUGUGUGAUUUAUCAGUUCACAGCCCAAGUGACCAUGGCUUUCAACAAGGAGAGAAAGAGAAAAAAACAAGCUGAAAACUCCAACCAUGUACAUAUUCUGUCUGUAUCUCAAGAAACAUUCUGUAAAACAUUUCACGUUGGAAGCUUGGGCUCAUCUAAAGGAAUGUGUCCCCAUUUUAUUUCCCCUUUUUCUUAGUCUGCAGUCUGAUACGAAUUGACUUUCCAGGACUCGAAUGUGAAGAGUUUUGGUUUCCAUCAUGGAAUACAACAAUGAGGGACACUGCUCCGAUUUGACUACAAAAAAAAAACAAAAAAAGAAGAAAAAAGGCUUCCAGUCAUGGCGGCAUAGAACUGAACGAUUGUGUAGGAGUUUUAAGUAUGUGAAUCAGGAUACAUAGUAGAUUUUGAUGCAUUUGUCUGCUGUAUUUUUGUUUGUUUUGUUUUUAUACACAUAUAAAGAUAAUCUUUUACUGUAAAUGUACAGUUCUCUUUUGUUGUAAACAUCAUUAAACCAUUUUCCAAGUGUU